GUGCCCUAGGAAUGGAUGCCCCCCCCCUCGGACUCCCACACUGACCCGCCAACUGUUCAAUACAUUCCCGCAUGCAGGUCAGAAAGGCUCCGGCCGCCGACACUGAAACUGUUAAUUGCAGAUUGUUUUGUAACCGGUUUCCAAAACGUCCAAUCAGAACAGCUGGUCGGCGUCACAUGACACACAUUUUACGUAACCGUUUUUUUCCUCCUGUGACGCUCCAUUGAGAAUAAUAUGGACCUUCCAGGACUACAUCAUGAGCCAGCACUGUAGUCAGCUAGUACUUCCCAGCAGCAGACAUGAGUGACCAGACAUUGGUUAGGGACUUCUGAAACUGUUGGUCAUGAGGACAGAGUGAGUAUGCUUCAGCUUGCAGCGGAGGCUUUCCAGUCGAAAAACUUCGACCUAGCUGCAGAUAUCUACGAGUGCCAACUAGCGGGUCUGAGAGAUUCAGGGAGCUGGCGGCAGGAGCUGAUGGUGAAGCGGGCUGACGCGCUCGCUUUCGGGGGCAAAUUCUCCGAAGCUCUAGAUAUGUACCGACAAGCCUCGGAGACAGACAGACUGGGACCGGUUCACCUGAGCAACCUCAUAGACUACCUGGCGAGUAAUAUCAGAAGGCAAGCCGGGGGGCACAGGACCCCGAGCAGGGCAGGUGAGGCAGGGGCGGAGGCGGGAUGCCCGGGAGUCGGUGCUACAGGUUUCGAACAGUUCUCCUGCCGGAUAUGUCUGAGCUUUCUGUUCGAACCGGUGACUCUGCCGUGCGGACACUGCUUCUGCAAGAAGUGUCUGGAGAGGGAGAGGAAGGAGAAGGAGCGGCCGGGGGUCUGCAGAGAGUGCCGGUCCAGCACCGGGGAAGAGGAGGUCCAGAGUUACCGGGUCAACGUGGUGCUUAGCAACCUGCUGGCCAAGUGGUUCCCGACCCCGCACCAGGCCGGCCGGCUGCGGCGGGAGGGCAACGCGCUGUACGCCGAGAGGAGGCUGGAGGCAGCGCUGGAGAAAUACAACCAAGCCAUAAUGAUAGCACCCAUGGACCACAUACUGUUCAGUAACCGCUCCCAGAUCCACUCCAGUCUGAGACACCAUGAAAAGGCUCUGAGAGACGCAGAGAUGACCUGCAGACUCAGGCCUCACUGGUCCAAGGGUCAUAUCCGUAAGGCGCAGGCUCUGGUGUCUCUGGGCAGGACGGAGGAGGCUCUGAGGGAGAACCUGCUGUGUCUGUCCAUAGAGCCCGACUGCAGACUGGCCAAGACCGAGGCUCACAAGCUCCUCAGUGAUCUCCUGGCUCCAGUUACAGACCAGGUCCCUGAACACAUCUCCGACUACACCAACAUACUGUCUUUUAGAGCUCACAUCAAGAACAGCAUCACCACGCCCUCCCAGAUGUUCAGUCCCAGCCUCAUGUCUCUGGCACCUGAGAGAUCAGACGUUGGUGACGGCAAAGGUCAGAUGAAGCCUGAAGUCAGGAGUCCGGACCACAGUUUCCUCCUUAAAAGAAAAUGGAGCAGCACAGAGGAGAAGGGAGGACAGGAGGGAAGAGAAGAUCACAAGAGAGCAAAAUCUGAGCCAGCAGAAGUUAAGAAUCUCGUGAGUUCUGGAGAUGUCUUGGACCCGACAGAUCUGGAGUGUUCUCUUUGUAUGAGACUUUUCUACGAGCCGGUGACGACGUCCUGCGGUCACACGUUCUGUCUUCGCUGUCUGGAGCGAUGUAUGGACCACAACCCAAAGUGUCCGCUCUGUAAAGAGGAGCUCUCAGAGUUCCUGGUCCAGAGGCAGUACUGUAAGACAGUACUAAUUGAGAAGCUCAUCUUGAGGUAUUUCCCCUCAGAGCUCAAAGAGAGACAGAAAAUCCACCAGGACGAGAUGGCUGAGCUCUCCAAUCUGAACAAGAACGUGCCUAUAUUUGUGUGCACCAUGGCCUUCCCCACUGUGCCGUGCCCUCUCCAUAUCUUCGAGCCCUGCUACAGGCUGAUGAUCCGCCGCUGCAUCGAGACGGGAACCAACUGCUUUGGCAUGUGUCUGGGAAACGACCUCAAAGGGUUUGCAGACUACGGGUGCUUGUUGGAGAUUCGGGAUGUGCAGUUCUUCUCCGACGGCCGCUCAGUUGUGGACACCAUCGGCAUGCGGAGGUUUAAAGUCAUCCAGCACCGCGAGAGGGACGGAUACAACACAGCUGAUAUAGAGUACCUGGAGGAUGUAAAGGUGGAGGGCGUGGCGGAGUGUGAGCUGCAGUCUCUGCACGACUCAGUGUACGACCAGGCCCUGGUGUGGGUCAACUCCCUGAAGAAGGAGCAGAGGGAACGCAUUGAAGGUCACUUUGGAUCCAUGCCUCAGAAAGACUCUAAACUUCAGGACAGCCCUAACGGCCCCCUGUGGUGCUGGUGGCUGCUAGCAGUUCUUCCGUUGGAGGGCCGAGCCCAGCUGCCCUUCCUGGCCCUCACCUCUCUGAAGGAUCGCCUCAAUGGCAUCCGCAAGGUGCUUCUGUUCAUGGCCCACAGCAGGCUCCGGUGACAUGUUCCACACUCAGCGUUCACCAUGCCUGGAUAAUGCAGUAACCCCCCCACCCCUGCAAACAAAACCCCCUCCUCACCGUCCUGCAGUGGACCUGCUGUUCUUCCUCUUUUUGGAUGCACAUAAAACUGUUGCACCUUCCUUGAUGUAGCGCCAUGGAGUCAUCUUCACGUCAAAUAUUGUUGAUUGUUAUACAUCGAUAUCUUCCACUCGUGACAGCUAUGUUCAGACAGGGCGGGGAACAUCCAAAACGACUUAUUCAAAAACAAGCUUCAACCUCCAUUGUUACAUUUCUUGUCGCUGUUACAAUGCGCACAUAAUAUAGUGAUACGUUUUUGUCCGACAGACAACAAACUGGUGCUCAUAUGUGUUUGUUUCUCCAAUGUUGCCUUUUUGACCUUCCUCCAUUUUUGAAGUCUUAUGCUCUUCCUCUUGCGUAAAUAUUGUUGAAAACAACAAACUUUUCAGAUUAUGAUUCCUCCUGUCUGAACAUAGCUUCAAAGCAAACUCCUGAGAAAAGACUUACACAUUCAUGCAAGGGGCGAAUGUACAUUCAAAUUCUGCAAGACACCAAGCAUGAAUUUGCCUUUUUGUGUAAAUAAACUCACUUCUGUUGCAUUAUAAUGCUAAUUCAGACAUAAUUCAUCGGUAUGCCCAUUUCUAAUUGUAUACAUCUGCAGUUAAACCAAUGUGUUUACUUUUCUUUCCCUUUUUACUAUAACUUUCAAUCUUUUUUUGGGCUGCUAUUCUGUCUUCCCUCCGUCAUUCUGAUCCCUGCCUAACUCCAUCUAAUGCAGCUGAGUAACAUUUUGACAAAGGCGUGCUUUGAGGCAUUGUGUUUUAUUCAUCCAUUUUUGUCUUAUUUGUUAUCAUUAUUUAUUUGGUGUUAUUUAUGCAUGUACUGACAUUGUUUACAUUUGAGAGAAAGGGAUGUUGAGCUGCUUAUUUUCCAAAGGCUUUUAAAAAAGAUAUUAACAUUUCACCCCAUAAAUCAUCGAUAAUACCCUGGUAUCUGUGGGGUGUAAUUACUUAAAAAUACACUAUUAUACAAUCAUCAUGAGGAGGGGGGGGAACAUGGCCGCCAUUAAAGCACUGACCAGUAAGCUGUAGUUGGGGGAGGAUUCUCUUCCAGGCCUCACCUUUUUAGAUCACUGGUGACACAAAUCAGUGUUUUUUUAUUUCCCCCCACAAUCUGAGACAUCUCAAAUGUUGACUUAUUUGAAUUCCCUCUCUAUAGCAGAGACACAGUAUUGCAGAGAGCAACACCUUGAUUUUUGAUUCCAUUAUGUCCUAAAUGUAUUUAUUCUGACUUAUUUUGCACUUACACUUUGAGUAAGGGAAAGAAAUGCCUCAACAUUUGGAUGACCACAUAAUGAAGUGUAUUCUUUUGUGUGGUGAGCAUCAUGUAGCAGGUCAACUAUACUGCGAAAGAGCUCUGAUUUGAUGACUUUGAUGUGUGCUAUGAGUAAAGGCCAGUGCCUUCUGUCCACAAUGAGAAAGAAGUGUGGAACCUUUUUGUAUUAAGUACUACAUCCCAUUUGAAGGUUUAUUUCCCAUUUUUAUGGACAUGUAUGCAUUAAAAGCAUGACUUCCACAGUAUGGGAAUAAAAUAACAUUUGUGAAAAGGAUGUCAUAUGAAAACAUAUUGAGGCCUUGCUGCUGUCUGUGACAUGACUGUUUUUACAUGGCUAAAGCUAAUCUCUGGAAGAAUGCAAGAGAUUGAUGAGCUUUGCCUUUAAAUCUUUGAUUUUGUAUACAUGUGUUUUUUUUGUUUUAUAAUUUUGUAAAUUGUUGUGUAAGCGCACAGAGAUUAUCAGUCAAUUCAUCCACAUUUAUAAUUUUCUAUUACAAUGGCCAUGUAAUGCUAAUAAAUGGAUCAAACGAUUAAGUGUAUACACAAUAUUUUAAUAUUUUCCCCAUGGAUAUUUUGUAUUUAAUUGUCAAAUGUUGCAAUAUGACACAAUCAAAACUCAAUGCCGAA